AUGGAUUGUGAGAUUAAAUUAUGUCUGGUAAUUAUUUUUUUGUUCUCCAGUGCAACGAAUUGUGUUUUUGGAGAGCCCCAAGUACCUUGUCUUUUCAUUUUUGGAGAUUCUUUAUCAGAUAGUGGAAAUAACAAUGACGAAUCUACCGAUGCUAAAGUUAAUUACAAACCUUAUGGGAUUGAUUUUCCUUCUGGUCCUACUGGAAGAUUUACCAAUGGCAGAACUUCUGUGGAUAUACUCGGUGAUCUUUUGGGAUUUGACCAUUACAUUCCACCCUAUGCAAAUACCAAUGGUGCAGACAUUGUUCAAGGUGUUAAUUAUGCAUCUGGUGCAGCAGGAAUCCGCAAUGAGACCGGAACACAUUUGGGUCAAGAUAUCAGCAUGGGAAUGCAGUUAGAACAUCACAGAGAUAUUGUUUCUCAGAUUGCUAAGAAAGUUGGGAGUGAGGAAGUGCAACAACACCUUAAUAAGUGCUUAUAUUAUGUGAAUAUAGGAAGCAAUGAUUACCUUAACAAUUACUUCCUGCCAGAAUAUUAUCCAUCUAAUGGAAAGUAUAAUGCUGACCAAUAUGCUGUAGCGCUUGUCGAAGAACAUUCAACUUAUUUAAAGGCAUUGCAUGAUCUUGGAGCAAGAAAGUUUUCUCUGAUUGGAUUGGGGACUAUAGGUUGCGUUCCACAUGAAAUGAUUAGACAUGGGAAAAAAUUGUGUGUUGAAGAGGAGAGUAAAGCAGCACUACUUUUCAAUGACAAACUUAAAGCCCUUGUCGACCGUUUCAAUGAAGAAUUACCUGAUGCAAAGUUCAUCUUCAUUAACACUGCUAUCAUGAAAGAUGAUAGCCUAAAGUUUGAUAUGAUGAAUUUGAUAUGUUGCAAAGUGGGGUCAAAUGGGCAGUGUAUUCCUAAUGAGGAACCAUGCAAGGAUAGAAAGAUGCAUCCAUUUUUUGAUGAAUUUCAUCCAACUGAGGUGCUCAACAAUGCCACUGCAAAUAUGGCUUAUAGUUCUCCUGAUCCAGCCUUUGUGUACCCAAUGGAUAUCAGUCAUCUUGUUAAGUUGUAA